AUGGCGAAACCGGCCCCAAACGCAAACUGGGAUCCCCUCCUGCUCAUAUCCCAGAUCGUGUCGAUGCAGACGCUCCACUACCUCACGCUCUCCCUCUUCACCCCGCCCCUCCUCACGCUCUUCGCGGACCCCCAGGCGCUCGAGUACACCGGCGGGCCCUCCAACGUCGGCAUGAUCAUGGACUGGCGCGAGAUGUCCGACCCGACGCGCGGGUGGGUCGUCGCGUUCUGUUGGGUCUUUGCGUGUUGCUUCGACAUCCCCUACCUGACCCUCCUCAUCCGCCGCCCCCGGCUCAUCCUCGACUUUUCCCUCACGCUCCUCUUCAACCAUCUCGUCCUUACGACGUACUAUGCGGGCCGCGUCCCUGCGUCGGGCUUCUGGUGGGGGGUCGUCGGGGUGGGCACGCUUGGGAUGGUCGUCGGUGCGGAGCAGGCUUGUGUGCGGAGGGAGAUGCGGGAGGGGUUGGAGUCCACGUCGGUACACAAUCACCCGGCUUUUUGA